GGACAUUCCUUCUGUUCGACUCUCUUGCUGUCUGACGUCUGAUGCUUAAAACAGAGCAUGCUUUCAUCCUUCCGCACAUUGUCGCAAUCCCCUAGGAACACUUUUUAAAGGGUGCCGCAGCCACUCGGGGGAAACAGUUGCUGGCCAAAUCAGAUACAGACGCCUCGAUUCAAGCUUUUCGUGAAUGCUGCAUCGCAGUUUCAGAUUUGCACCAGCCUAACGACAGGAGGGACCAUGUCUACCUUUGGCUACAGGCGAGAGCUUAGUAAAUACGAGGAGCUAGAUGAAGAUGAGCUCCUGGCUUCUCUGACCGAUGAGGAACUGAAGGAGUUGGAGAGAGAGCUGGAGGACAUUGAGCCUGACCGAAACCUUCCGGUGGGACACAGGCAAAAGAGUCUCACGGAGAAAACUCCAACGGGAACUUUCAGCCGGGAGGCACUAAUGGCCUAUUGGGAAAGGGAGACCCAGAAACUACUGGAAAAAGAGAGAAUGGGGGCGUGUGAAAAGGGUUCUAAACAAGAAGAUGAUGAAGACGGAUCGGAAGAAAUUAAUGAAGAAUAUUUCACGGAAAGUAACAGCGAAGUUUCUGAAGAGGCAUUCACUGAAGAAGAUGAGGAGGAGGAGGACAAGGAGGAAGAGGAGGAGGAGGAAGAAGAAGACGACGACGCUGGAGAAGAAAGUGGUGCAGACGAAGAAGAAGAAAAGAAACCUGCUGAAGCGUGUAAAAAUGCUGCAGACACCGAAAAAAGAAGAAGUUCACUCAGCAUUAAACUAAAAAAAAGUAGCAAGAAUGCAAAUGAAAUUGUUACCAAUGGCCACAGUGAAAAGAAUACUGAAGAUUUGAGCUGCAGGGUGGGUGCCAUGCACCCAUGUGGAAAUCCAACGGUGAUUGAAGAUGCCCUGGAAAAAGUCAGGAACAAUGAUCCUGACACCACGGAAGUCAACUUAAACAACAUUGAGAACAUCACACCACAGAUGCUGACGCAUUUUGCGCAGGCCCUCAAGAACAACACUGUGGUCAAGACCUUUAGCUUGGCCAACACUCAUGCGGACGACAAUGUCGCAAUGGCUAUUGCCGGCAUGUUAAAAGUGAACCAGCACAUCUCAAAUCUGAAUUUGGAUUCCAAUUUCAUCACAGGCAAAGGAGUACUUGCUAUCAUGAGGGCUUUGCAGAACAACAAGGUUUUGACGGAAUUGCGGUUCCACAACCAAAGGCAUAUCAUGGGCAGCCAGGUUGAAAUGGACAUUGUCAAACUCCUGAAGGACAAUACUACUAUUGUGAAACUGGGGUAUCACUUUGAGCUUGCAGGACCAAGGAUAAGCAUGACGAGCAUUCUGACAAGAAACAUGGAUAAGCAAAGGCAGAAACGGAUACAGGAGCAAAGACAGCUAGAGGCUAGUGGGGAUGGAGCCAUCAAUCCAAAGACCAAAGCUUUGCAAAAAGUAACACCUGGUUCUUCGCCUUAUUCAUCUCCUCGAAGUUCACCUUGGUCCUCUCCGAAGGUUGCUAGGAAAGUCUCAUCUAUUCAAAUCUGCCCUUCUUCUCCAAGAAAUUCACCAUGUUCCUCUCCAAAGGUUCCUAAGAAGGUUCCUCCUGUUAAAAACCAGCCUCCAUCUCCUCCCCCACCCCCUCCCCCUCCCCCACCACCCCCACCUCAAGUAGCUCCCGAAAAGAAGGCACCAACCAGGAAUAUUGCAGAGGUUAUCAAACAACAGGAAAGUGCCAAGAAGGCCCCGCAAAAUAAGCAGAAAAAGAAGAAAGGCAAGAAGAGCAAAAAAUACGAGAAUGAGAUCUUGAAAGAAAUCAAAAAUUCAUUAAAAUCAGUCCCAGACAAGAAGUCAGAGGAAAGCUCACGUCCCUCCACCCGACCUUCUACUCCAGUGAGAUCCGUUCAUAGUGAUCUAAUGGAUGCAAUUCGUGCAAGUAGCAUGAAACAGCUGAGGCGGGUGGAAAUCCCAGAAGCACUGCGAUGAAAAACAAAGAGACGGGAAUGGAAACGACCGAGAUGAGAGUUUAGUGAUGGUUAAGAGAAAGGUACCGUGUUGUUCUGCAGCGGUUCUAUAGGCUGAUGUAAAUGGCUUCAAGAGUGCACUCUCAUAUUUGAAUAUGAACAGAGACCGAUUAAACCAUCAAGCAACACUUCUAAGGACGCACCAGCAUUUUCAUUUGUAAAUAUGGAACGUACUUUUUUUUUUAUCUGAUGAGAUUUCUAAGAAGAAAUAGUUUAUUUAGAUGUUCUUGUUGAUACCAGGUACCACUUCACAGAACAUGUUCUUUAUACAGAGAAGGAAUUGUUCAGUGACCUGUGCAUUUUAUUUUUGAUGUCUGCCUCGUGAAUUUACAAUAAAGGUGGUUUGGGUUUUCAAGUGACAAAAAAGUCUUUGUCCCAGAGUGCCAUAAGUUUGUCACCUAAGUUAUGUUGGAACAUGGAGCAUCUGGGAAUAGCAGGAGAUGAUUCUCGAUAUACCUGAGGUUUUGGAUGGACUCAUUUGAUAUGAUCACCCUGUGAAAAAAGCUAGAAAUUCUCUUCUUGUGGUGGCAGACAUAUCAGAAGUUAUACAACUGAAGAGAGCUGCCUACCUCAUUGUGCUGGACCUCAGUGUCCAGGCUGAACGAUGGAGGUGGAGAUGCUCCUUCAGGUAUACUGGGCUGAGGCCAUUUGGGGCUUUAAAGGAUAGCACCAACACUUUGAAUUGUGCUUGGAAACGUACUGGGAGCCAAUGAAGAUCCUUAGGACUGGUGUUAUAUGGACCCAGUGGCCGCUCCUAGUCACCAGUCUAGUUGCCUCACUCUAGAUUAUUUGUAGUUUCCGAGUCACCUUCAAAGGUAGCCCCACGUAGAGAGCAUUGCAGUAGUCCAAGCGGGAGAUAACCAGAGCAUGCACCACUCUGGCAAGACAGUCUGCGGGCAGGUGGGGUCUCAGCCUGCGUACCAGAUGGAGCUGGUAGACAGCUGCCCUGGACACAGAAUCGACCUGCACCUCCAUGGACAGCUGUGAGUCCAAAACGACUCCCAGGCUGCACACCUGGUCCUUCAGGGGCACAGUUACCCCAUUCAGGACCAGGGAGUACCGCACAUCCACCCACCCCAUCCACCCAAAACAGUACAGUCAUACCUCAUGAUACGUCCGCUGUGGGUUACGUCUUUUCAGGUUACGGAUGCAACGAACCCGGAAGUCCCGGAAUAGGUUACUUUUGAGUUCG